AGCACCGCGUUACAGCGAGAAAUAUUGAAAUGGCUUCAGUCGCCGCGUCGUCGGCUGCCGCCUUGCUGCAGCGAAGCGAGGCUUUGCUAGACGAGAAAAAGAUAAACGAAGCCGUCGACAUUCUCAACAGACUAGCGCACACCUGGUCUCUCUACGUACGCAGUGGAUGCGGAGGUGGAGGAAGAAGGGAGGGAGGAGGCGGUCAAAAUCAAAGAACAGGCAAUUCUCCUGCUGGGAAAAGUUCUUGCCAAACACAGCUUUGCAGAAGAGUUGGGAGAGCUUGUGGUGAAGACGCGGAACAUGAUCGGGAACUUCUCGAAGGCAAAGGCGGCCAAGCUGAUACGAGAUCUGGUGGACCGGUUCCUUGACAUGAAAUCCUCCACCGGGAGAGAGGUGGAGCUGUGCCAGCAGUGUAUCGACUGGGCCAAGACAGAGAACCGGGUGUUCCUCAGACAGGCCCUAGAGGCAAGAUUGGUGGCUCUCUACGUCGACAGAGACGCAGACAAACAGGCCCUCACUAUCGCCGGACCACUUCUCAAGGAACUGAAGAAGAUCGACGAUAAGGCUCUUUUAGUAGAGGUUCAGCUCAUGGAAAGCAAGGCCUAUCAAAAACUAGACAACAUCACCAGAUCAAGAGCAGCACUGACUUCUGCUAAGACCACUGCCAACGGUAUCUAUUGCCCUCCUAGACUCCAGUCUGCUUUAGAUCUGCAGUCAGGUGUGCUGCAUGCAGAGGAGAAGGAUUUCAAAACCGCGUAUUCCUAUUUCUACGAGGCUUUUGAAGGUUACGACUCUGUCGACAGCCCGAUGGCGAUAACGGCUCUGAAGUACAUGCUGCUCUGCAAGAUCAUGCUCGGAAUUCCGGAGGACGUUCAGUCGGUAGUGUCGGGAAAGAUGGCUCUGAAGUACUCUGGAAUUGAGUUGGAGGUGAUGCAGAACAUAGCAAAGGCUUGUCGGAGCAAGUCAAUAUCAGAGUUGGAGCGAGUGGUGGAGGAACAUAGGCAACACGUCUCUGCCGAUCCCAUCGUGAAGUCCCAUCUUGAAGCUCUAAAUAGUGCACUCCUUGAGAAAAACCUUCUCCAAAUCAUAGAGCCCUACUCCAAAGUAGAGGUUGGUUCUAUUUUUAGUAGUUUACGUCGUCCUAAUGUGCACUAAAAUAGUAACGUUUGUUACUGCUCAGGUUCAGCACGUCGCCCGGGAAAUAAAGCUCCCUCAGGUAAAGAGGCGUGGUGACUGGUGGUGAAAUGAAACUGCAAGAGUGUUUGUUGUUGUUGUUGUUGUUUACAGGAUGAAGUGGAGAGGAAGCUAUCGAGACUAAUUCUUGACAAAUCGCUAAACGGAAUCCUUGAUCAAGGGCAAGGAGUCCUGAUUGUUUACGAAAACUCUGGGUCUGACCAAACCUACUCCACUGGUCUGGAGGUCAUUUCGAGGAUGGGGAAGGUCGUGGACUCUCUAUACUCUCAGACCAAACAGCUCCCCUGACCUCUGACCUUCGACCUCACUGAACCCCAUAAUCAUUUACUAACGACAUUGUCUCAUAGGUUCUCUAUCAUACUCACAUACAAACGAAUGUGAUGAUGUAUUGUACAUUUUGUGGUGAAAACUUAGUUGUUAAACUUGCGGGAGCGAAACCAUUAAGUGGGCAUUAUUGCACUAUUAACUAUCAAUCAUCCAUUUUUUAUCGCAAUUUCUUAUGCUCUGCUGCUAAGUUUCUAACUCUCAAAAAUCGUCUACACUUUGAUGAUGUAAUGUUAACA